AUGGCUGCCAAUCGGAGAUUCUACGACGCACCUGAGGGGGUCGAUAUCAGAGGAAGGUACGACACCGAGUUCGCCGGCAUUCUCAGCGAGGACGCCCUGCGUUUCGUGGCGGAGCUGCACCGGGAGUUCCGCUCCCACAUCCGCUACGCCAUGGAGCGCCGCCGCGAGGCGCAGCGGAGGUACAACUCCGGCGAGCUGCCCGGGUUCGACCCGGCCACAAGGUGCAUCAGAGAAGGUGACUGGGUCUGCGCGCCGGUUCCCCCUGCCAUCGCCGACCGGACCGUCGAGAUCACCGGCCCGGCGGACCGGAAGACCAUAAUUAACGCACUCAAUUCCGGCGCCAAAGUCUUCAUGGCCGACUUCGAGGAUGCUUUGUCGCCCACAUGGGAGAAUCUGAUGAGAGGUCAGAUCAACCUGCGAGAUGCAGUCGACAGGACAAUCACAUUCCACGACCCUGCUCGGAACAGAGUCUACAAGCUCAACGACGAGGUCGCCAAGCUCUUCGUACGGCCCCGGGGGUGGCAUCUGCCGGAGGCCCACAUUCUCAUCGACGGCGAGCCAGCGACAGCCUGCCUCGUCGACUUCGGACUCUACUUCUUCCACAACCACGCCGUAUUUCAGGGCUCGCGAUGCGCCGGCGCCGGCGCCGGCGCCGGCCCCUUCUUCUAUCUGCCUAAGAUGGAGCACUCAAGAGAGGCGAGUGUGUGGAACAGAGUAUUCGACCGGGCGGAGUUGUCGGCGGGAAUCGAGAGAGGGAGCAUCAGGGCGACGGUGCUCAUCGAAACGCUGCCGGCGGUGUUUCAGAUGGACGAGAUUCUGUACGAGCUUCGGGAUCACUCCGCCGGGCUCAACUGCGGGAGGUGGGACUACAUCUUCAGCUACGUCAAGACCUUCCGCCGCCACCCGGACCGCCUCCUCCCCGACCGGGUGCACGUCGGAAUGAAUCAACACUUCAUGAGGAGCUACUCCGACCUCCUCAUCCGGACCUGCCACCGCCGUGGCGUCCACGCCAUGGGAGGAAUGGCUGCUCAGAUUCCGAUCAGGAGCAACCCGGCGGCCAACGAGGCGGCAAUGGAAUCGGUGCGGAAGGACAAGCUGCGCGAGGUGCGAGCGGGGCACGACGGCACGUGGGCGGCGCACCCGGGACUGAUCCCGGUGAUCAUGGAAGUCUUCGCCGGCGGCAUGGGCGACAAGCCUAACCAGAUAGCCGUGACGCGAGAGGACGCCGGCGGCAUCACGGAGGAGGACCUCCUGCAGCGGCCACGAGGCGUCCGGACAGUCGAAGGGCUUCGGCUGAACACCCGCGUCGGCGUGCAGUACUUGGCCGCGUGGCUCGCCGGCGCGGGGGCGGUGCCGCUCUACAACCUCAUGGAGGACGCGGCGACGGCGGAGAUCUGCAGGGUGCAAAACUGGCAGUGGCUGAGGUACGGCGCUGUGCUGGACGGCGAGGCGGCGGAGGUGAGGGCGACGGUGGAGCUGUUCGGGAGGGUGGUGGAGGAAGAGAUGGGGAGGAUCCGACGUGAGGUCGGCGAGGAGAAGUUCGAGCGCGGAAAAUUUGAAGAGGCCUGCAAGAUCUUCACAAGGCAGUGCACCUCGCCGGAGCUGACUGACUUCCUCACACUGAAUGCUUAUAACAACAUCGUCGUUCAUCACCCCAAGGCACCUUCUAGGUUUUAG